AUGGAUGCCGGUUUUUCUCGUUCUGCUCUUCAGACCCUGUCAAGAAGCCACUGCAAAAAUAUCAAACAAAAAAUUUCUCAGUGGGAAGGAAGAACGAAUGGUAUAUCUAACCCAGAAAGGUGGCAUCCAAAGGACUUUGGAGUGAGGUAUAAUAACUGUCAUCAAGAGAUUCUUGAGAAAAAUCCUGUUGCUGAGGGAAAGAGCAAAAAGUUGGAUGCAGCCAACUCUCAAAAUGUCGGUCUAGAUAUCAAUGCAGAUGCCAAAAGCCAGGACCAAACUGACGGUGAAAGUGAGAAACAUGAAGAUGAUCGUACACACCCAUUUAGAAAUGAAUCAGAAUCCAGUUGGGUAUGUUCUCAGGUCAAACAGAUUGAAAGCUGGAAAGACGUUUUGGAUGCAGAGACUUCCUUACCUCCAGGAAAUUUCUAUACCUCACAGAUACUGUGGAAGAAAAUAGAGGCACUUCCCCCAGAUAAAGUCUUCAAUUUGGCUUUAGAACAUUGUGACUCUUCAGAAAAAGAACUGAAUUUCCAAGUUCCGGAUAGUUCAUAUGGAAUAACCAAGAGCUUAGAAAAUAUUUACUCUGAACCCGAGGGACAGGAAUGUGGACCUUCUAUAAAUCCUUUGCCCAAGCCUCGUAGGACGUUCAGAUAUUUAUCUGAGUCUGGUGUUGUGCCAUGUAAAGAAAGAAACUGUGACAGAAAAUACUGUGAAAAUAAUUCUUGUGCAGAGUCUUCUUUGGCCUCUUCUCAGGAACCCGAACCAAAGAAAUAUGGCAGACAAAUCAGAGGGAGAUCUAAAAGGAAAUCCUUUGAAUUUGAGGAUAUUCAGCACUUUCGAAAUCGGAACUCACAGAAGAUUCAUGAAGAACUUGGAAGAAAUUCUGGCUCAGCACUUUAUUAUACACAGUCUGAGGACAAUAUCUAUGAGGAUAUCAUAUAUCCCUCCAAAGAAAAUCCAUAUGAAGAUAUUCCAAUACAGCCUUUGCCCAUGUGGAGAUCCCCUUCGGCCUGGAAACUACCGCCCCCUAAAAGUGCUUUCAGAGCACCAAAGCUUCCUCCCAAACCUCAGUUCCUGCACCGGAAGACUAUGGAACUGAAGACCUCCCAAGCUUUUUUACGGUCAAAGCUCACAAAGGAUACCACUUUGCCUGUCACUUUAACGGAAUGGAAGCUUUUCCGAGCUGGAGAAGUUGCAAACAGGAAAAGGAAAAAUCUUCCAAGGCUCGUAUUGAAAAUUGCUGAUGUAUUUGAGUCUAAGAGAGGGAAAAAGAGGGUAAAGUUACACCCAUACACUGGAAAAGACGUACCUCCCUCAAAAGGUGAAACCAGUGGGAACGAAAGUGAUGCGGAGUAUCUGCCAAAGAACCGCCACAAGCGCUUAGCCCAGCUCCAGCAGUCUUCCAAGAGGAAUCCUCACUACCAGACCUUAGAGAGGGAUCUUAUUGAAUUACAGGAGCAGCAGCUCUUUGAACUUUUUGUGGUGGUGUCCCUCCAGAAGAAGCCAUUGGAAAUAAGCUACAUUCCCCAGGUCAUACAGCAGUUCCCUGGCAAGGGUGAUCAUGGCUUUAAGCAGUCCAAAGACACCGAAGAGAGGCUCAAAGUUAUCCCCAAGUUUUGUUUUCCUGACUCAAAAGACUGGGUGCCAACCUCAGAACUCAAGAGUGAAACGUUCUCCUUUGUCUUAACUGGUGAAGAUGGGAGCCGCUGGUUUGGUUAUUGUAAGAAGCUCUUGCCAGAAGGCAAAGGGAAGCGACUCCCUGAGGUGUACUGCAUGGUUAGCCGCCUGGGCUGCUUCAACCUUUUUUCCAAGAUUCUGGAUGAAGUGGAGAAGAGAAGGGAAAUGUCUCCAGCCCUGGUUUACCCAUUCAUGCGAAGUGUCAUGGAAGCUCCCUUCCCAGCUCCUGGACGCACCAUCACAGUUAAGAGCUACCUCCCUGGGGCUGGCGAUGGGUCUAUUGAACUCUGCCGACCAUUGGAUUCCCGACUAGAACAUGUUGACUUUGAAUGUCUCUUUAAGUGCCUGAGUGUGUGCAAUCUCAUCCGGGUCUGUGCCUCCCUCCUUUUGGAACGGAGGGUAAUCUUUGUUGCCAACAGCCUAAGCACCCUGUCAAAAUGUGGCCAUGCUGUGGUUGCCACACUGUAUCCAUUCACCUGGCAGCAUACCUACAUCCCAGUCCUACCAGCAUCUAUGAUCGACAUCGUGUGCUCACCCACUCCGUUCCUUAUUGGAAUCCUGUCUUGCUCCUUACCGCAGCUCCAGGACCUCCCCAUUGAAGAGGUGCUGAUAGUUGAUCUCUGUGCAGACAAGUUCUUACAGGAGGUAAGUAACAAAUGAGGUGAAAUUCUACCUCCUAAACUCCAAGCUGCCUUGAUGCUGAUUUUGGAAGAACGAAAUGAAAUCUUGGCUCAGGAGCAGAAUUUUUCACAAGACGUGACACUCAACUCUCUGGUGUCUGAGGCAUUUGUGAGGUUUUUCGUGGAGCUGGUGGGACAUUAUUCUUUGAGCAUGACUGUCACUGAGCGUGGGGAGCGUGUAUUCCAAAGGGAACCAUUCCGUAAAUCCCACACCUCCCGAAGUGUACGCCACUUCCUGGAUCUCUUCAUGGAAACUCAGAUGUUUGCAGGCUUCAUCCAGGACCGAGAGCUUCGGAAAAGUGGGGUGAAAGGUUUGUUUGAGGUCCGGGCCCUCCAGUAUUUGGAAACAAUUCCAGAGUCUGAGCCCAGUGGGAUGAAUAGAAUUUUGCGGAGUCUUGGAAGUAAAAUGAAAUUUCUGCAGAAGAAAUGA